AUGUCCCCUGACAAAACCGGGGGAAAAGCUCGCGCUAAGGCCAAGACUCGCUCAUCCAGAGCAGGAUUGCAGUUUCCCGUGGGCCGUGUCCAUAGGCUUCUCCGUAAAGGGAACUACGCCGAGCGUGUUGGUGCCGGUGCUCCGGUCUACUUGGCCGCCGUGUUGGAGUAUUUGACCGCUGAGAUUCUCGAGCUGGCUGGCAAUGCCGCCCGCGACAACAAGAAGACUCGUAUCAUUCCCCGACAUCUGCAGCUCGCUGUGCGUAACGAUGAGGAGCUGAACAAACUGCUCGGUGGAGUAACCAUCGCUCAGGGUGGUGUGUUGCCUAACAUCCAGGCUGUCCUUCUUCCCAAGAAGACCGAGAAGCCGGCCAAGACCAAGUAA